AUGGAACUGAGAAUCGGAACAUGGAACAUUCGCUCUUUGUAUAAAAACAAAGGGCUGCAACUCUUAACGGAACAGCUGGAUAAUUACAAGGCUGAUGUAAUGGCUCUGCAAGAGAUGAGGUGGCUUAACGAUGGAAUAAUGGAGAAGAGAAAUCACACAAUCUUCUAUAGCUGUGAUAAGAAGAGGCAUAUUUUUGGAACGGGUUUUGUUGUGGGCAAACACAUUCGGCAUCUUGUCAUGGAUUUCGUGCCAAAGUCUUCAAGGUUAUGUAAAAUUAGGCUAAGAGGAAAAUUCUUUAAUUACAGUCUUAUAAAUGCCCACGCACCUACUGAAGACAAGGAUGAAGACGAGAAAGAACUUUUCUAUGAGAACCUGCAUUCUCUAUAUAACUCCUGUCCACAAAACGACAUCAAAAUUAUUUUGGGUGACUUAAAUGCUAAAAUUGGAAAGGAAGCUGAGCACAGGCCCACUAUUGGAAAAUACAGCCUGCACGAAACAACAAAUGACAAUGGACAGAGGCUCAUUCACUUCGCUGCAGAACAUAGCAUGGUCAUAUCCAGCACCUUUUUCCAACACAAGAGAAUUCACCAAACGACCUGGAGAUCACCAGAUGGAGAUACCUCCAACCAGAUCGACCAUAUAUUGAUAGACUCCAGACAUAUGACGGACAUACAAGAUAUUAGAACCUAUCGUGGGGCCAACUUUGACUCAGACCAUUACAUGGUAAUGAGCAGGAUCAAGGCCAAACUAUCUAAUGCACGUAAAUGUCAUGGGAAACGUCUUGAGAAAUUUGACUGCGAACAAUUAAAGACCCCUAGAGUCAGGGAUGACUUUCAGUCACAACUAACUAUGAAGCUUGAUGAAAAAGCAAUCGAAAAUAUUGAUUGCAUAGAUGGAAAGUGGACUUCUUUCAAAGAAGCCCUAUUGGACACAUGUGAUAAUGUAAUAAGCAAAAUAAAAAGAGCUGAGAAAAAGGAUUGGUUUGAUACAGAAUGUCGCAACGCGACCCAAAGAAAAAACGAUGCAUAUAAUAUGAUGCUCAGUAAAAAACACUCAAGAGCAUCAGUAGAGAAAUACAAAACUGCAAGAAGAGAAGAAAAGAAAGUUCAUAGGUUGAAGAAAAAGUUUUUUCACGAAGACCUCUUUAAGGAUGUCGAACAUCUCCGAGGGUCUAAUGAGAGCAGAGCUUUCUUUCGUGGCAUUAACUUUGGUCGUCAAGAGUUCAAACCUAGAACUAACCUUUGCAGAAAUAAAGAUGGAGAUAUUUUAAGCGAUAAAACAGACAUUCUCAAUAGGUGGAAUGAACACUUCGACAACCUACUUAAUGUAGAGUGCGUUCAGACAGAGUCCUGUUCACCAAACGUUAACCAAGAGUGUAUAGCACCUCUUUCAAUGAUUGAGGUUGAAGAAGCAGUUCAAAAACUUAAGAACAACAAGGCUCCUGGCCCAGAUUUGAUAUCACCAGAAUUCUUAAAAAACUCAGGACCAGAUGGGUUAAAGGCCAUACAUAAUAUUCUAACAUCAGUAUGGGAAAAAGAGAUACUCCCGGAAGAAUGGAAACACAGCACUGUUUGUCUUAUACACAAAAAAGGAGACAUUCUUGAAUGUUCAAACUACCGGGGUAUCAGCAUGCUCUGCACUGCAUAUAAAGUCUUUUCAAAAAUUCUAUUUAACAGACUUAGCCCCUAUGUAGAAAACAUCAUUGGUGAAUACCAGUGCGGUUUUAGGAAGGGCAGGUCUACAACUGACCAAAUAUUUUGCAUAAGACAGAUUCUGGAAAAGACCAGGGAAUUUGGAAUUGGUACCCACCACCUAUUUGUGGAUUUCAAAACUGCUUACGACAGUGUAAACCGGAAGCGACUCAUUGAAGCUAUGCGAGAAUUCAAUAUCCCGGACAAGCUUGUACGACUCACCACACUUACACUGUGUAAGACCAUGCAGAAAGUUAAAAUCCAAAAUGACUUCUCGGAACCAAUGGAGGUAAAAAAUGGUGUAAGGCAAGGCGAUGCUUUGGCAUGCCUACUCUUCAAUUUGGCAUUAGAAAAAAUUAUCAGAGAUUCAGGAAUCAAUACCAGAGGACAUAUCUUUCAUAAGUCUGUCCAAAUUUUCGCUUUUGCCGAUGACAUUGACAUCAUAGCUCGAACACAAUCUGACUUAAAGCAAGCCUUUCUAUCCAUGGAAAAAGAGGCAGAAAAAAUGCAUCUCACUAUUAACCAGGAGAAAACCAAGUACAUGCAAUGCACCAAAAUAACUGAUUCUACAACUCACUUGCAAAUUGGUGAAUACAAGUUUGAAAAAGUAAACAGUUUUGUUUAUCUUGGUUCUGAAGUCAACGUUAAUGGCAAUAUCGCACCCGAAAUACAAAGAAGAAUCAAUAGUGCAAGUAAAUGUUUCUAUGGAUUAAAAAAAUAUUUAAAAUCAAACCUACUAAAAAGAGAUACUAAACUGUUAAUUUAUAAAUGCUUAAUCAGACCUAUCCUAACAUAUGCCUCAGAAACUUGGACAACAACACAGAAAGAUGAGAAUUCCUUGGGAAUCUUCGAACGUCGGAUCCUAAGAUCCAUUUUUGGGGGCAAACAAGUUGAUGGUACUUGGUACAGACGUUCAAACUCAGAACUCUAUCGGGCUUUCAGAGAGCCUGAUGUUGUCAAGUAUGUAAAAAUCCAAAGAAUUAAAUGGGCUGGUCACAUCAUUCGAAUGAACAGAGAGCGUUCGACAAACAUAAUCUUUUUGGCUCAGCCCAUCGGAUCAAGGCCCAGAGGUCGACCAAAGCUGAGAUGGGCCCACUGCGUGGAAAGAGACUUUUCAGUCUUAAAAGUCUCAAACUGGAAGACAACUGCCAGGCGGAGGCAGGCCUGGAGGAAGUUGAUUGAGAAGGCCAGGGCCCACCCGGGGCUGUCGUGCCAUUGA